AUGCGUGUCAUUUCUCUUCUCCCGUUUGUUGGCGCUGCCAUCGCGCUCCCAACCGAAACCCCUGGAGCAGCUCCCUCUAAUGCCACUGCACCUGAUGUCAACGCUAUCAAGUCCGUGCCACAAGACCACUUUAAGAGCUAUCAGACUGGUGGUUUAGUACGUCAGUCUCUCAAGGCUGAGGGAACAAAGUCCAAGCGUGACUGGACAUGCAGCACCUCGCCAACUCUGACCUGGGGUGACAGCGACAAUGGCGGCAAGGGCAUCUUCAUCACCAACACCGACAAUGACUGGCGGGGCUUUUACGCCUUCCACAACAACUGCGACACGAUUCCUUACAAGUACAUUUGGGUUGCAGCCGGCGCGACUCAGUUUGUGUCGUUCCCUGAUGGCUGGGAGGGCCGCAUCCAGCGCGGAGUCGACGCAACUAUGCUCAACGGCCAGGCACACUGGCUCGGCACAUGGUUCGAGUUCAGCUGGGACGCCAAUGGCUGGGGCUGGAGCGACGUCUCCCUCAUCCGUGGAUGUGACGGCCCUGUUCUGGUCAACUCUCAGGACGGCUCAGGGGCGUGGAAGGGAUUCACGCAAGACAUCUUGAGCAAUGCGCCUGCCAAUGCCCUUGACACCAAGGAUGACGGCCAGAGGGUGCUCGCGGCCACCGAGUUCAUUGGCGGUGCCAUCAACACGCCCCCUCGCGACUGGGAGCUCCAGCAGGUUGGCUCGCAGUACGUCUAUGUUGACGACUCGCACGGCAGCCCCGUCAUUGCCGCAACCAACGGCCGUUUCGGCACCACCUGGCCCGCCGGCCGAGCAUAA